AUGUCUUCCUCGCCGAAAACAAAAGCCAAACAACUUCGCGAGCCGCCGCCGUCCCUAUUCCUCGGUCCUCCCUCUCAAAAUGCCUCUCACGUCUCCCUCCCAGGCGUAGUUCCGGCUCCCCCUCCUCCUAACCCCUCCAACCUAAACCCCACAAGAGCACCUCUCAUCCGCCAACGCUCCCAGCGUCUAGCCCAGCGCGAUGGCCCUGCAGAUGCAGCUCCCGGAUCCUCUCUUCCCAGAACCGCACUCCCCCGACAGCAGCAGGAUUCAGAAGGGAAGAAGCAAGCCGAUAGAACGGAUGCGUUGUGGGCGGAGAUGCAGAGCACACUGGAGGAGGUGGAGCUCAGUGCUGUGAAUGGGACGCAUGUGUUUGGUCCGGAUCAUGGGAAGGCGUUGGAGGGGCUACGGGCUGCGCAGAUUGAAUUGGCGCAGGCCUGGGCGAGGAGUGAGGCGGAUGAUGCGGUUGAGAAUGCGGAUAAGGAGAGCAAAGGGUUGAGUGUGGAGAAGGCGAUGCCAUUGGGGAGUGAGGGUGGGAAGAGCGUCUUGGAUACGGUGGGGAGUACGGUUCCUAGUGGGAGCGGGAGGCCGGGGAGUAGCGGUGCUCCUGUUGGAGUGGCUGAGAGACUUGGGAGUGAGCUGGAGAAGGAGACAGAGGCUGAUAUUAUUCUGGCCAGGAAAAGGAGAGAAGCUAAUGAUAGGUAUUUCCAGAGGGUUAAUGAGGGGGUGUUGGAUGUCGUUGCCAAGUUGGAGGAAGUAGCUAAUGCUAUGAAGGCAGUGGAGCAAGAGAGCAGGGAUAUCUGGGGAGAGAACGAGAGUGCCAGGACGAGCCUUCAUGAGUGA